CCAGGACUUAGAUUAAAGCUGCACCGGAUAAUUGAUUUGUGAACUGCCGUACGAGGCUUUCAAGCACUGUCAUUCGUUUCCACCGUUCACCUGCCAUUGCCCAAAGUGCGUGGACCACCGAAUUGAUUAUCCCGUCUCCCACAGGUUUUGGUGAUAAGCGCCUGGUUUUUGGUGUUCCAAAACUGUAUGGUGCACUUUACACACUCUCCAUAAUGCACGCCAACAUGAACGCCACCACGGCCGCGGCGCGGACGAAGACGUUUCGACCGCAGAAAGCGAGGAGCGGAACACAGGGAUGGCAGUUGAAGCAAUUUGCCGACGCGACGCUGGGGAGCGGGAGCUUGAAGAAGGCGGUCAAGUUGCCGGAAGGCGAAGACCGCGAUGAGUGGUUGGCGGUCAACGUGGUCGACUUCUACAAUCAGAUCAACCUGCUCUACGGAUCUAUAACGGAGUUCUGUUCCCCGCAGAGCUGCCCGGAGAUGAAAGCGACGGAUGAAUUCGAAUACCUGUGGCAGGACAGCGAGAGCUUCAAGCGACCAACCAAGAUGCCCGCCCCUCAAUACAUCGAACACCUGAUGGCAUGGUGCCAAAGUAACAUCGACAACGAGCAGAUGUUCCCCUCCCGAAUCGGCGUUCCUUUCCCGAAACAGUUCGGUCCGCAGCUCCGCAACAUGGUCAAGCGGCUCUACCGAGUAUAUGCCCACAUCUACUGCCACCAUUACCCGGUGGUCAUCGCCCUUGGGCUGGAGCCGCAUCUCAAUACGAGCUUCAAGCACUACGUACUGUUCAUCAAUGAGCAUGACCUGGUGACCGGGAAGGACUUCUGGGGCCCUCUAGGUGAUUUGGUGGAAGGGAUCCUAAACAGCGAUUGAGACUCCUAGAUUGUAUGACUAUGGCGUUAUGACGAAGUUUGGGAGUGUAAGCGAUGACUAUCAGGCAUCGUAUAUUUGUUUUGAUUGCGGCAUACUGGGUACGACUGGCAGGCGAGCAUAUUUCGUCUGGUCCAACAUUGCGACACGAUAACGACGAGAGGACUGGCGUCUGUAUUGUAACACUUGAAUCACCCUUGAGCAGAGAUAACCAUUUGUCGAAAAUCCCCACUUGAGCUC